CAAAAAAACAAACAAAAUUCUCAUUGCGCAGUUGGUAUCCAAAGUCUCUCUCUCUAAAACCACUUUCUCUGAACCCUUUCUUCUUUUGGCCUCUCUGCAACUUUACUUUGUUCAGCUUUCCUAUACGGAGAGCCAAAUUUGCGUUCAUUUAUCAAACUCAGAGUCUUUUUGUACAAAUCUUAAUCCUUUUUUUUUUUUUUCUGUUCUCUUUUGUUUUAUUUUUAUUUUUUUCGUUUUUGGGUUAUUUUUGGGUUCCCAUUUGACAAGUGAUUGAUCUCGUUUAAGAGGCAACUGAAGAUCUUAGUUUUUUUAGGCAACAAUGAAGUCUUCAAGUCGGCUUGACUCGGCUGUUUUUCAACUCACUCCAACUCGGACAAGGUGUGAUUUGGUUCUCUCUGCAAAUGGAAAGACGGAAAAAAUAGCUUCUGGUUUGAUUAAUCCAUUUCUUGCCCAUUUGAAGACUGCACGAGAUCAAAUGGCCAAGGGGGGUUACUCAAUUAUUCUUGAGCCAGAGCCUGGAAAUGAUGCAACAUGGUUCACAAGAGGAACAGUUGAAAGGUUUGUUCGCUUUGUGAGCACUCCAGAGAUCUUGGAACGUGUGUAUGCCUUAGAAUCUGAGAUCUUGCAGAUUGAAGAGGCAAUUGCAAUUCAAAGUAACAAUGAAAUAGGACUGAACAUGGUCGAAGAUCAUCUAGCAAAACCUGUGGAACACAUUGAAGGUAGCAGGGCUUUGCUGGAUUCUAAUGAGGAGAAAGCCAUUGUCCUUUACAAGCCUGGUGCUCAUCCACCUGAAGCAAAUGGAUCAACAGCACAGGAGGGAAAUUCAAAAGUUCAGCUUAUGAAAGUUCUGGAGACACGCAAAACUGUGCUGCAGAAAGAGCAAGGAAUGGCCUUUGCCCGUGCUGUAGCUGCUGGUUUUGACAUUGAUCACAUGACACCUUUGAUGUCAUUUGCAGAAACUUUUGGAGCCUCACGCUUAAUGGAUGCAUGUGUAAGAUUUUUGGACCUUUGGAAAAGAAAGCAUGAAACCGGCCAAUGGGUUGAAAUUGAAGCAGCUGAGGCAACAUCUAGCCGGUCAGACUUUUCUGCCAUGACUGCAUCUGGCAUUAUUCUUUCCAGCGCAAUCAACAAGCAGUGGCCUGAAGCUACAGAUAGUAAUGGGAAAGCAGAUGAAAAGCCUCAAAUGGAUCAACAAUCAUCUCCAAGCCAGCAAGAAUAUUUUCAAGGCCAGUUUCCUAAUCCCAUGUUCCCUCAUUGGCCUAUUCAUUCUCCACCUGGUGCAUUGCCUGUCUUUCAGGGAUAUCCUAUGCAAGGUAUUCCUUACUAUCAGAACUAUCCAGGAAACAGCCCAUUUUUUCAGACACCAAUUCCAUCAGGGGAAGAUACUAGACUUAGUGCUGGUCAAAGAAAAGGACAAAGAAGGCAUUCAAUGGAUAGUGGGAAUGGCAACUCUGACACUGAAACUGAGGGGUUGGAAACAGAAUCAGGAAGAAAAUCUAGUCGAUCAAGUAGAAAGCAAUCUGGCAAGGUUGUUAUUCGGAACAUAAACUUUAUCACUUCAAAGAGGCAGGAAUCUUCCGGUAGUGAAUCACAAGCAGCUUCUGGUUCUGAAACUGACGAGGAAGACGGAGAUUGCUCUCUGACUACUUCGAGUAGCAAGCAUAAGGAUUCUCUGAGAUCCUCAAAGAGGAAAGGAUCCCAUACUAAAUCUGUAGACAAGUUAGAUUCAUCAUACAUGGAAGGAACAACUCACGGGAAUGAGACAGAUGGUGGACACUGGCAGGCUUUUCAAAGUUAUUUACUAAAAGGUGCAGAUGAAGCUGAACAUGCUGUGGACAAAGGUAUGUUUGCAAUGGAAAAGGAGGUUCAAGUCCGAAGAAGACAAAAUAAUGCAGGUCAUGAUCCUUUAGUUUAUGAUGGACGAGAUUUAGAGGAUGAUCAAGAAGGGAACAUGACGGAUAUGCAGAUGAUCAGUGGGAACUUGGCUCGCAACACUAAGGCAUCAAAUGAUGAAUCAUUGAUGUCCAGAAGAAUAGGUCAAUCUAGUGGUAGUGGAACCUUCAUGGAUGGUACAAUUGAUAUACAACCUGCAGAAGUAGAUGCAAGGAAAGGUAGAUAUAGGAGGUCAACAAAUGAUGAUUUUAUGAUAAACAGACAACAAAACCAAUCUGGUUAUAUGAGUUCAACAGAUCCAUUGGCUGUAAAUGGGUUCGUGCAUCCAGACAAAGGUUUAGACCAUUCAUCACGUAAUAUGGAUGAUGAUUCCUAUGUGGUUUCAUUGAGGUCAGUCUCAGUAGAUCAAGUUGGAGCUGAUGGAAGACAUGCAAUUGACAUAGACUCCGAGUUCCCUUCAUCAAAAGUGGAAAACUUAUCUAACAGGGUGGGAAACCAAGUCAAAUAUGAGCCAGAUGAUUUAAGUUUGUUGCCUGAGCGUGGGACAGAAAAGGGGACAGUUGGUUAUGAUCCUGCUUUAGAUUAUGAUACGCAGGUUCGCACUGAAAACAAUUCUUCAUUGGAUAAGAAAAAUAAGGAUGUGGUGGCAGGCAUCAAGAAAGGCACCAAAAAGGUAGACAAGGACCAGAAAUCAAGACUGAUUCCAGAUACAUCAGAUAAGAAGAAGACAGUGGGACCAAUCAGAAAAGCGAAACCUUCAAAAUUGAGUCCUUUGGAUGACGCCAAGGCACGAGCUGAGAGGCUUAGAUCCUUCAAGGCUGAUCUCCAGAAAAUGAAGAAAGAGAAGGAAGACGAGGAGAAAAAGCGUCUAGAAGCUUUGAAGUUAGAGAGGCAAAAGAGGAUUGCUGCGAGAGGCAGUUCCAUUCCUGCUCAACUGUCUUCACAUCAAACCAGGAAACAUUUGCCAACAAAACUUUCCCCAAGCUCCUAUAAAGGAUCAAAGUUUAGUGAUUCCGAGCCUGGAUCAGUGUCACCUCUACAAAGGUUCCCGAUCAAAACUGUCUCUGCAGGAUCUAGUGAUUCUCUAAAAGGUUCUAAAACCAAUAAAUUGAGUACCAGCAGUAACUCUGCAGGAAAUAGGUUAAGCCGGUCAGUAUCAUCAUUGCCUGAACCAAAGAAAGAGAAUGGUAGUAUAACACCUGAUGCAAAGGCAUCCAUGGCCAGAGUUAGAAGAUUAUCAGAACCUAAAAUUAUUAACAGCAAUCAUGUUUCCUCAGUUAAGCCACGAAACACAAAUCCAGUAACAAAGCCAAAAGUAUCAAAUGAACCUGAGAGCAAGAAAAUAUCUGCAAUCAUGAACCAUGAUAAAAACAUGACUGCAUCUCUGCCAGAACUGAAGAUUAGAACCACAAAACAACCUGAAGUUCCUCAAACCAAAUCAUCUGUGAAAGAAAGACCCCAGAAGAUGAAUGGAAGCAAGUCUAGUACCACUGGAGGUGCUGAACUGACAAGGAGUGGACAUACAAGGUCAAAUCAUAGUGAUGGAGAUGACAAUCCAAUAGUUGAGAAGACUGUUGUGAUGCUAGAAUGUGAAAAGCCGUCAGUUCCUGCAGCACACACAUCAGAAGAAAAAAUGGAACCUGAAAAAGGGAACUCUAGCAACUAUAUAAUAGGAGAGAAAGCUGAGACUCUACCAAAUUAUGCAGCAAUCCGAGCACCAGUUUCACCACUUACAGUGGAUGGGGUUGACAUAGAACCCAGUGAACCCCAUUUAGAAGUGCUACCCAAUACAAUUAAGGCUACAACUGAAAAUGCAGGUAAUGUGGAGAAGGAAUUGGCAAAGCAUUCAAGCAUUGCCUUUGGUGAAAAACCAUACCAAGCUCCUUUUGCUCGAGUCUCUUCUCUUGAAGAUCCAUGUACUGGGAAUUCAGAGUAUGGCAAAGCACCUCCAACAAGCUUACAGUCAACAACACAUGUGGAAUCUCUCAAAGUUCAUAUAUCUGAUCCUAAAGGCUUGAAACUAGAAAAGAUUCCUGAAGCCCUAGAUAAGCCUCAGUUGAAGGAAUCAUCAAAAGGGUUUAGACGGCUUCUGAAGUUCGGUAAAAAGAGCCAUACUACCAGCGAGCGCAAUGUUGAAUUUGAUAAUGGCAGUCUAAAUGGUUCAGAGACAGAUGAUGGUUUUUCGAACAUUGCUUCCUCUAGUGAAGUUCAUACGUUGAAGAACCUUAUCUCUCAAGAUGAAACGCCUACUGCUAGUACUACUCCUCAAAAGACUUCUCGCCAUUUCUCCUUGUUAUCACCCUUCCGAAGCAAGACCAAUGAGAAGAAGCCAAGUACUUGACAAUGUGAAUACUUUUGAAAUUCUUGAUCAGUUCUCCAUUGAUGGAUACCGACCCCACAUAGAAGCUGGCUCUCUCGUAACAUUGUAGAUUGCAGAAUUGGUUUUUGUACAGUUGUUGUAAAGAGCUUUUUAAUCCUUUUGGACUUGCUGGUUCGUGUUGGUUUUCAUUGAUAUAUAUAAGUCAUCUUCCACUUUCAGAACCUUUCUUGGGUCUUUAGCUUUUGUCUAAUGGCAUGACUGGCUUUUUUAUAUAUUCAGUUGUCUUGUAGACUUAAAAGUUAAUGUGAACUUGGCCCUCAUUGUAAUCUGAAACGUUUGAACUAUCAAAGAUUAUGCAGACUUGAUUGGAUUUUUUCA